AUGAAGCUAUCACGAAAAACCUCUAUACAACAAACUUAUGUAACAACAAAUCCAUUGACGUCAUAUGAUGAAUAUGCUGACACAAUUCUUCCCACAAGCGUCCAACCCAGCUCUCUUUUUUUGUAUAGUCAACCGACUGGAAAAAUUAUGAGGUCUAGAAGAAACACUUUUACUUACGGUCAAUCCGGAGAAGGAAGUUCUCAACAACUUGUACCACCCGAUCUAAACAUGGAUAGUCAACUUGUUCCUUACAAUCAAGAUUGGACUGUUAUAUUGCGUAACGAAACCGCUGGUCAGCUAGUUCUUUAUAAUACUACCAACCGACGCGUUUCGGUUAGAAGGUUACCACCAAACAAUAACCCACUACCCCAGGCAUUAACUACACCAAACACGUGCACAUUUUGCGGAAGGCCAUAUGAAGCAAAUCAUCAUAUGCCUGGUGUUGGGUCAUCAAGUACAGAUUUUAUACAUAGAAAUUAUUUUCGUUUACUAGAAAAUUCUGAAAGUCAUCAACCCGAACCAUUACCAUUUGGAGAGCCACAUCUAUUUACAGAACCUUCAACAGAAUUUACAUUCACAAGCUCAGGUGAAGAAGAAAUACAUGCUACUCUUUCACAAAAUUCUUUUAAUCAAGGAUAUUACGAGAGAUUUUUUAUUGAAGAAAAAAAAUUGGGAAGAGGAUUUCGUGGUUCUGUCUAUCUUUGUAAGCAUAUUCUGGAUAAUGUACAUUUGGGAGAGUAUGCUGUCAAGAAAGUUGCUGUUGGUGAUGAUCAUGCGUGGUUGGUUAGGAUGCUAAGAGAAGUUCAUUUGUUGGAAAAAUUACAUCAUCCAAACAUUGUGGACUAUAAGCAUGCUUGGCUAGAAAAUCAUCAAUUAACAAAUUUUGGACCACAAGUUCCGUGUUUAUUUAUAUUAAUGGAGUGUGCUAAUGGUGGGAAUUUAGAAGAAUAUAUUGAUGAACGUUCAUCAACUUUUGCAAUGCAACAAGAUCCGGAAGAACCGAAAUUUAGUACAAAAGAUCGUAUAUUACGUACAAGGAGGAUGAGACGUGCACCUGAACAAUCAUCAACGAUAAAUGCUCGUGUACAAUCAAAACGGUCUUUAAAUUUACAAGAGAUUUGGUUAUUUUUCAUAGAUAUUUGUGAAGGGUUGGGUCAUUUACAUAGGCAUGGUAUUGUGCAUAGGGACUUGAAACCUUCGAAUUUACUAUUGCAUUAUGACGGAGAGAGAACUGGCAUACCAAGAGUUUUGAUAUCAGAUUUUGGAGAAUGUGAAAUAUUAGAUCAACUUUCAGAACGUGAUCGAACUGGUGCUACUGGAACGCUCGAAUUUAUGGCACCGGAAUUAUUGACUGUUGAUGAAGGAGGAAAAUUUUAUAAAGAUUAUUCACCAAAAUCUGAUAUGUGGUCACUUGGAAUGGUCCUUUAUUAUCUUUGUUAUUCAAGGCUUCCUUAUCAUCAAGUUGAUGAUGUUGACCUAUUGAAAGAGGAAAUUUUACAUUUUGAAGGUGUCUCAUUUCCAGAACACUUCAACUUUUCAAGUUCAUCACAUAUAAUCCCUCAACAACUCAAAAAUUUGAUUAAAUUAUUGUUGUCAAAGAAUAAGAAAAUUAGACCUUCUUGUGAUGAAAUAUUGAAAUCUUUUGGAGAUAUUCGAGCAAAGUUUGCAAACAACGUUUAUAACGAAACUCCAGUUGAAUCCUCUUUUAAUUCACACAUCACCUCAGAUCCUAUCGCACAAAUAGGAGCGUCUAAACUUUUUCGUAUUCCUUCAGAUAAUACAUUAUCAAGUCAAGAAGAUGUAGCCGACAUAUCGUCAGAUUUUGAGUCUCCCAUUUUGUCCGACCAUUCCACCACAGCCACAAAAACAACAGCUAGUAAAGUUGAUCUGCAUACAAUUUCGACGAUAGAUGGUUCCUUUACUGAAACUUCUGAAACAGCAAAUUUACGUAAACGUAAUAAAAUUGUUGAGAAAGUUCAAGUUUUGCGGGAGACCAUUAACGAAGAAUCUUCCAAAUCUGGUAUUGAAAGGAGACUUGACGUUGGACAAUCAUCAAUGGUUAAGGAUGGAUCAAUUGAUGAUAACCAAACAGCCAUUGUUCGUGUGACACCUUUUAGAAAUUCACUUUAUAAAAUGAUAUUUUCGUAUAAAUGUGAAAGUGGAUGGUGGAGAGUUCUUAAAUUUAUCAUGGUCAUAUUGAAGAUUACAACAUGUCUGGGGUAUUGUUCACCUUAUUUACCUCCUCCUUUGGUACUGUACCCCGUUAUUAUUUUUGCAAUAAUGGACCUUUAUACAAAUACAGAAACAACAGGGGCAGCAGGUUUGAUCUUAUUAUAUCCAUUAGGCAGUCGCAAUUGUUUUGAAUCCCAAAUCCUUGGAACUUUGAUUUCUUGCCUUCCUGAUGAGUCAAAGAACCUUUUAUUUAAAAGUGGGAUUUUUAUCGCCACGCCAACUUCAAAACCUCCAUUAUUCAAUUAUGCAUCAUACUGUAAAGCUCUUUCAAUUCAUGAAAUUGAUCAAAUGAUCCUUUGCGUUCUUGAAAAUCAACAACCUAUCACUUCACGUAGCAUAAACUACAAUAAAUUUCUAGUAUCACAAGAAAUAUUAAAAAUGUUUAUGAGACAAAUUCCUUCCUUAAAAGAGUUGAAUUAUAAUUCAACCGGGGAUAGGGAGAAUACGGGGAAUAUUAUUUUCACUUACUUUCCUGGAGCGAUAAAUUGUUUAGCAUACCUUCAAGUGUUAAACUGUAGUUCAAAUAUUUGUUCCGAAUUUUAUUUUCAACUGUCUCGAGUGUGUUGUAAUAUAAGGUCACUCGCUAUAGAAUUUGAAGAAUUUGCGUCUCAAGGAUUAAAAGAUUUGAUCUCCUCACAACACAAUUUAAAAUGUUUAACAUUAAUGUUAUAUGAUUACAGUGUGAAUUGGACGGAACUUAUACCAUCUUUAACAAAACAUUCGAACACCUUAACAAAGUUAAAACUCAGCGGCUAUGGACCUUUAUCGUUUAUCUCUAUCUUCUCAAAUUUACAAGAACUCACAUUAACAUUUAAUUACGAAGAAUAUUUUGAAGAUUUUAAAGAGUUACAAUACGCUUCCUUCCCUCAAUUACGAAUCUUAAAAUUUUUAUAUAAAUACCCGAAACGGGAAUAUUUGGCUAAAUUUUUAGAGAUCAAUGGUAAAAGUUUAAGAGGUUUUUGUGCUGUAGGUUUCGAUAAUUCGUUAAACUUGACAUUGGCUAGAUUUUGUCCAAACCUUCGAUCACUCUAUAUCACGAUCAUGAAGAAUGAAAUCGAAAGGUUAAAAGGAAUCUUGAACGGUUGUCAACAAUUGGAGAGUAUAAAAGUUUGGUGCGGUAAUGAAUAUUUAAAAGAGAGGGAUUUUUUGGAAACCUUGGCAACAUUUUCACCAAAGAACCUUUAUAAAUUAAAACUAUAUAACGUAUCAAACUCUGUGUUAACCCCAGAAGAUUUGGAGAAAUUCUUUACGAGUUGGAUGAAUCGUAAACCUCAAAGAUCACUUUACUUUGUCAUCAUUAAAGGGUUUGGUAUAAGUAGUCUGGAGGUUAAAAAAGGAAAUAUGGAAAUAAUCGAUAAGUAUAAAAAAUUGGAUGUCAUUAAAAAAUUCGAAACUAUAAAGUACUUUGACGACUUUGCUGUUCUUUAA